AUGGGAAGCCAGUUGACACCUGAGAUGGAUGAAUCCUUUUUCUCCGAGACCUUUUCGGUCAAGGCUCUCGGUAGUGACCGUGCCUUAAGAGCCGAAUGCCGUUGGAGAUUCUCACCCCCUCUCUCCCCCAAGAAAGUAGACGGAAAUGCUCCUCCGCACUACAAAUCUAUUGACCUCGUCUUGAAUCUCACCUCCCCGGAAAGGGCCGAGACGAAUGGUCGCACGAGUAAAGGAGCGGAGGUUCCCGCUGACUGUACUGAAACUCCAUUGGGAACCAUAAUCAACAAAUUUCUAACAUCAGAGGCGCCUUCCUCCGACGUUAGUAGACCGGGCCACGCUACCGAGGCUCUGAUCAAGGUCUUGAUGGUUCCACAUGAUGGGUAUCUCUGUCGACGGGAUAUUCUGCAGUUGAGAAUGGUCCAUUCAGACUGGAUCGAAUCUGUCGUUCCCUUCAGAGUAGGGGAGAAGCCUUACUACGCACCACUGCAAACUGAAACCAAUCUGCUUUCUCUUUUACCGGCCUCGCCUGGAGCCUUGAUCUGCAAACGCUCCGUCCAAUCGGCUCAUGGCCUCGAGGCACUUCAGCUUGCCGAUCGGGAAGUGAAAGAGAGGCUUUCUUUUGACUGGAUACUCCCAGAAAAGCCUCCAGCAUUGACCGUGGCAGUGGUUGGCGGUCGCCCUCUGUUCGAUAGCACAACAGGGGGUUAUGGUUCAGAAGGUCCCUUCGACGCGGCUAGAGCGCUGGGAAUAGCCGUCAUCGUCCUUGAUCGGCCCGGCCAUUUCAUGGAGGGCCCAAAAUACAGUCGUCUGCGAGACGACUUUGUUGCUGUCGAUAUGACCAUUGACGACAGUCUACCUCAAAGGCUCGCCACAGCUGUCAAGGGCCGCAAAAUAGAUGGCAUCAUCACUUUUUCAGAUGAGUAUGUCAUUGCAACCGCAAAGGCCGCCGAAAUGUUGAGUCUUGAAACUGAGCCCGUCGAGUCAAUAAUCACUGCUCACUACAAGGACGCGACCCGCAAAGUUCUUAGUACUCUCAAUAUGCAGUCUUUUCGGUUAGAGAGUGCCACAGACUUGGAUAAUGAAGAGAUUUCUAAGACAUUGGAAGCCUUGACGUACCCUCUGGUGGUAAAGCCAUGUCGUGGUGCCGCCUCUCGGGGUGUGAAAAGGGUUCAGAAUCACGACAGACUCCGGGAAGCCAUCAACCAGCUCGAAAGGGAUGGUCUCACAAAAUAUGGGAUCCUUCUCGAAACUUACAUAAGCGGGCCAGAGAUUGAUGCCAACAUUGCUCUGUGGGAUGGUGAGCUUAUGUUUGCAGAGAUCACCGAUGACUUCCCCUGCGCAGCUGAUGCCAGCGGCGCCACUAUUACCGACAGUUUUGGUGAGACUGUCAUGGUGUCACCAACGCUAUUGUCUCAGAAGGAGCAGCAGCUGAUCAAGUCAUCUCUACACCAAACACUGCUCAAACUCGGUUUCCGGAAUGGGGUCUUCCAUGUUGAAGCUAGAGUCCAGAAUUCAAGCAUGCGAUACCAGGAAAUCGACGGUAUUGUUGAUUUAGCUGAUACAGACAACACGUCGCCAAGCGAACCUGAGGUGUAUCUCAUCGAGGUCAAUGCACGCCCUCCUGGCUUAGACUGUGCAUUCUCGACCCUUCACGCUUACGGGUACCAGAAGGGUUCUGUGACAAAGUCUUAG